CACAUGUUGCUAUCAUUUAACAAUCAGACAGAGAUUCCCUGUCUCUGUGUCUCUUGUCUUAUAGUCCAUUACAAAAGGAUUUUACUCCUCAUCCAUAAACUGCAAUUCAGCUUCUUACCCGUUUCCAUAGUGCAUUAGCCUCAAAUCAGGUGAAGAUGUACCGUGGAUUCGUGUUACUGUUCUUGGUUUUGGCGCUCGAAACCCGAAGGAGUGAAUCCAGCUGUCAGCAGUCAGAGUCGCAAAGAUCAGUUUCAGACGAGAGUCCAAGUUUUCGGCUGCCAGCUCAUAGAAUGCUGAGGAGAUAUAAUGACAUUGACUACGACAGUUUCGUCGGAUUAAUGGGGCGCAGAAGCGCUGAUGUAGAUGACAGUAUACCACCCCAGCGUAAACGGGAAAUGCAUGAUAUCUUUGUUGGACUCAUGGGUCGACGAAACACAGACUCUGAUACUAGGCGUCCGUGGAGGAAAGAGUAUCCAGAUUCGAAUGGAGGAAUCUUCUUCAACAAGUGCAAACUGAGGUUUCGUCGUGGGUUAUAGGCAAAAAAUCACUUCACAUCCAGUGAAUCAUCAUCUGUAUCCUGUCACAACAGCUCUUUUUCAAAGCAUUUCUUUGGGGAACAACAAAAGUAAUAAUCUAUUUUCCAUGAGAGAGCAAAAGAAAAUAUUUCUAUAAAUUAAUUAAAUUAACAUGAUUUCCUACUGUGUGAUUUGUUUCAUUGUACUGCAAAUGAUUCAUUUACUUUACAGAUGGCAUAGAUCUGCAUUUCAGUAUAUUUAUUUACAAGUUAUUUUGCUUGCUUCGUGUAUAACACAUGAUUUUUGUUAAUAAAAAUAUGAUUUGAUCUAACAA